AAUUAUCAGAAUAGAUUUCAAAAUAAAGUCAUAUGUGAGAAUUAAUUUCAAAUAUUUUUUCAAGCAAGUACUAGUCUGAUAAUUACGUUUACUAUAUAAAUUUUAAAUGUUGCUAUUGAAGAAACUAUUACUGUAUUGUUAUUAUCGUGUUCGUUAAAUGAUAAAACUACAAAGUGACAUCCUAACAGAUGAUAAAUUGGUUAGUUACUUCACACAAAGCCAUGUGCUGGUAUGACAAAAGCCAAAAGUUUUCGAUCAAUUAAAAAAAUCCAUUUUUAAAACGUAAAAUCACUAUCAAAAUUCCAUUGUGAUACAACUCAAGAGAUACUAAAUCAUGUUGUGUACGAAUCGGGUUCUCCAGCAAUACCCAAGGGUUGUCAGAAAAUGUUCUUCCUUGUGUGAUUCUAAAGAUAUCAAGAGGGGCUUACUCUUGGGUAUGUAUGAAGGGUGUAAUCAGGGAGAGUAUGUCUUCACACCCGCUGCUGCCAAGUUCGAUCAGGAAAACGGAGGUCGGAUAUUGGAACUCCUCAAAGGGACGGACCUUAAAGCCGGAGACUGCAGGGUAUUCCACAACUUGGGAACCGAGUUCUACGCCAUCGCGAUGACCUGCUGCGGCCCGGAGUCUUUGGGCUUAAACGAGAUAGAGAUGUUGAACGAGUGCAAGGAGGGUAUCCGGGUGGCUGUCGGCUCUGGAGUGCGCGCCCUGGAGAAGUCGGCCAUCGGCCACAUCAUGGUGGAGGGCUUCACGAACGCGGAGGCCGCCGCGGAAUCGGCCAGCCUCAGCGUCUGGAGGUGGCAGGACAUGAAGGACCGGAGCAGGAACGCCAUCGAGGCCAAGGUCGACCUCCACGAUGAUCCAGACACGGAAGGUUGGGUUCGAGGGAUCCAGAAGGGAGAAGGGCAGAACAUAGCUCGACGGCUGUCUGAGGUGCCAGCCAACAUUAUGACGCCCGUGGCGUUCUCCCAGGCAGCUUUGGACAUCCUGUGCCCAUGCGGAGUCCACGUAGACAUCAGGGACAGAGACUGGCUGGAAGAGAAGAAGUUCCUCGCCUUCCUGACCAUGUCGAAGGGUUCCUGCGAGCCGCCCCUCUUCUUGGAGAUGAGCUACUGCGGAGGAGGCGAAGGGGACAAGCCGGUGGUGAUCACCGGGAAGGGAGUUACCUUCGACAGCGGCGGCCUCUGCCUGAGGAAGUGCGAGGGGAUGAAUGAGUUCCGGGCGGACAUGGCGGGGGCGGCCGUCAUCGUGGGGCUGCUCAGGACCCUAGCGGCCCUGGGCAUCCCGAUCAACGUCAAUGCUCUGGUUCCACUGAUGGAGAACAUGCCCGGAGGAGCCUCGAUAAAACCGGGAGACGUCCUGGUCGGGAUGAACAACAAGACGAUCCGGGUGGAGCAGACAGACCACGAAGGGAGGGUCAUCAUGGCAGACACACUGUCGCAUGCCAAUGCCUUCAACCCCUGUCUUACUGUCAACCUCGCCACCAUGACUGAGGGGAUACGUACAGCGCUAGGUUCUUCGGCGACGGGCACCUUCACAGAGUCUGACACCGUUUGGCGAGAGCUGGCCAAAGCUGGAGCGGACACUGGAGACAGAGUGUGGAGGAUGCCUCUCUGGAACUUCUUUAGGAACAGAGUGAAGGGUCAUACUGGAGUCGACGUACACAACGUCGGCGCUGGCCGGGGUGCGACUCCGUGCCUAGGAGCUGCCUUCUUGAGCGAGUUCGCCCCGCCGGUUGACUUCGUCCACAUGGACCUGAUGGGGACGGGUAUGGAGUCCGGGGGGACGCCGAUUUACCUCCGGAAGGGGCUGAUGACCGGAAGGCCGACAAGAACUCUCUUCCAGUUCCUCAACCAGAUGGCCUGUCCGUUGGACAAGGAGUCGGUGUGCUGAUCGUGAUUAUAUUUACUGUCUUCUAUGUCCCGUUUCGUCAGUACAGAACAAAUACAUUGGAAAUUGUGUA